UCCGGUCUGCAGCGGAAGAGGUGGCCGGGCUGCCAUGGAGACGGGCGAGGGUCGGCCGGGGGUGGCAGCCACGCUGCGGGCACUGAACGGGGCGCUGGGGCGGUCAGCGGCGCUCUGGAUAAAGGAAAGCGGAGCCCGCAACUUGCGGCAUCGGGACUUCCUGGCACCGCGGGCCGCGCUCAGUGCAGUCUUCCCCGAUGGGCAGGUGCCUGCCGACGUCGUGGCGGGCCUGGCGUCACUGGGAGGCGCGGGGGUGCUGGCGGUGCGGGGCUGCCAGGAGACGCCAGCGGGGCUGGCGGUACAGGUGCAGCGCCCCGAGGCCUUCCGGCGCUUGCUGGGUUUCCUGCCCGACCCAGCCCCCGCGGCAGGAGCACAGCAGAGAUGGGUCGUGCUGCACUGUCCGGCCCUGCGCGAGCCCGUCGCCCUGCGGCCCCGCCACCUCCGCCCCCUCCUGCUGGCUGACCACCUGGCCCAGCUUCUGCGUGCCCAGGGGGUCAGUGUCUGCCUGGUCCCUGCACUUGCUGAGAAGGGGAGCCAGGAGCUCCUGCAGCAGCUCCGCAUUGACUGGCCCUCCAGUACUGGUGGAUUUGCCCUCGCUGACACUGUCGUGGCCUUGAAGGAAGCUGUGGGCAAGUCUCCCUAUGCCACAGGCUGUGAAGAGGGGCCAGGGAAAGCGGCACUGCCUGAGGAUGUCAUCUGUAAAGUGCACUUGAAGAACUUUGUGGAGCAGCAGGGCUUGGUGGGCUAUGACCCCAAUCUCGAUGUCUUGCUUGUGACGGAGGGGAAGCUUCGGUCCCUGGCUGAGCUGCAGCAAGCUGUUCUGCAGUGCACAGCUGAAGACCAGGGAAGCUGCUGCAGCAUUGUGCAUGUGGUGAGUUGUGAGGAGGAAUUCCAGCAGCAGCAGCUAGAUCUGCUGUGGAGGAUUUUGGAUCCAGGAGCCCACACAGCUUUGCAGAAACACCUUAUCUGUGGGCCAGUGAAGGUGACAAACCCCUCAUCACCUGUUGGGGCAGACCAGUACUUCCAGCUCCGGAAGCGCCAGAUGUAUGAAGCUUCUGUGAUGAAGUACGGGGAGCUUGCACAAGAUGAGUCCUGGACUGAGGUGAUUGAUACCCUUACAGUGGCUGCCAUCAGGUUUGAGAUGCUGAGUACUGCUCACCGGAGUCAGAUAACCCUGGAUCUGGAGGACAGCAGCAUCUCCACCAAGGGAACCAAGAGUGGUGCCUUUGUGAUGUACAACUGUGCCCGGCUAGCCACGCUCUUUGGCACCUACCAGCAGGCUGUGGAGCGGGGCACAUACCCACCUCUGCCACCAGCAUCAGAACUGAACUAUUCCUGCCUCCGUGAAGAGGGUGAAUGGCUCCUGCUCUUCAACUAUCUCCUGCCCUUCCCUGAAGUCCUGAAGCAGGCAGCAGAGCUGCCAGCAGCCACCAAGGGGAUCCGGAUCACAGCCAGCACAGAGACAGUGUGCAAGUUCCUGAUCCAGCUUAGCAUGGAUUUCAGCUCUUACUACAACCGUGUCCAUGUCCUGGGGGAGCCAUUCCCUCACCUCUUUGACCAGAUGUUUGCCCGCCUCCAGUUGUUGGGAGCAGUAAGGGACAUGUUCCACAGAGCACUGGCGACUCUACACCUCCCUCCUCUCAGCCAGAUCUGAGCCACCACUGAAGUGUGCUACAACGUGACAGGCACCAGGACAAUACCCUGCAAGGGGAAGGACAGGGCACAUCCUUCAAGCAGGGAGUAAGGGUGUGCCUCAGCCUCACCCAGGUGCUUCCCCUCCCACUGCAGCUUCAGAGUGUGGCUGUGUGCACCCCAGAGCUGUGCCCAGUAUGGGAGAUCAUGUGUGCCUACCCCAUCCAUGGCAGAAGGGAUGAUGCCCAAGAACCAGGCUGGGGAGCACCAGGAACCAGCCACCACAAAACCAGGCACCAACCUUGCUUCCUUCAAGACUGUUUAUUGAGGAUUGCUCCGUGCUGGCAGGGAGCUCCUGAGGCUUGGGACUCCUGUCAGCCCCUGGGCCAGGCCUCAGUAUUGGGGUCCAAUAUAUUUGUCCAAUAUAUGCUGUGUGUGUCUGACCCCAGUAGAGCACCUCACCCCCCACAGGGCCAGGGCCACGCUGUCCUUCCCUCUGCUCCAACUGUGCUGGGUCCUGCUGCUGUGCAGGAACAACCCACUCGCCUUGAGGCAGCACUGAAGUGGGCUGACAUAGCAGAAGGGGGCUGCUGCCCCUUGUCCUGCAAGGUACUGCUGUGGAGAACUGCUGCCACCACUCAUUUCAGCACCAUCCCCAGCACUGCAAGGUCAGGGCUGUCACACAGGGCCCUGUCCCUAAGCACAUGAGGCUGCAUCCUGCAACAGGCCACACUAGUACCUGACUGAUCUUGGCUUCCUGCUGCCCUUGAGUUCCUAGGGCUGGAGCAUGGUGUCCUGUGCCCACCUGAGCAGAUUCCUCUGGGACCAGGGCUGGAAAGCCUCACCAAGAGUCAGCACCUCAAAGAGGAGGAACUGCCGAAGAGAAUGA